UGACAAACAUUUGGUUCUUUUUCCUAGAAAUGACUGUUCCUAUACAUAAAGACCAUACUGAGUUGACGGAAGACCAAUUCAAUACUUUAAGCGAGGAAGUUUUGAAAGCUAAAUCGUUGUCGUAUUCCCCAUACUCAAAAUUUAGAGUCGGUUGCACUAUUCUUACCGCGUCAAAUGAGUUCAUAUCAGGUGCAAACAUUGAAAAUGCAUCCUAUGGUGCCAGCAUAUGUGCUGAAAGAACAACAAUUUCAAAAGCAAUUCUUUCUGGUCACACUACAUUUAAAGUGAUUGCCAUUUCCAGUGAUCAAGAAGACGACUUUAUAAGUCCCUGCGGGAUAUGUCGACAAGUCAUCCGUGAGUUUGCCAAAGACGUUCCUGUCUAUAUGUUCAAGAGUAGUGGUGAAUUUAUCAAGGUGUAUAUGAAUGACUUGUUGCCAUUGAGUUUUGGCCCUGAGAACUUACUAGGAGAGUAAAAAUUCAAUGUGUGAUAUGCACAAAUGACAUCUACUACUCUAAUUACACACAUUGUAUUACUAUUACCGAUACACUACAUCUGCAUCCUAAUACAUGUUACCAUAUAGCUUAUCUAGCCAGCAUAAUAUAUGAUUAUUGCAUACUAAACAGUGCUGUAGCCAAAAGCACAUUCACACCACAU